GCUUAACACGGACUACCACUCUCACCCCGGCGUCUCCUCACGCGUAGCGGAGGCAGACGGGUGUCGGCUCGACUGGAGCCGCGUCUUCCCACCCGCUGUCAGCCGACUUAAACAGUCUGCACACCACGCGGGCCCCACCGAGCGUGUCAACUCAUCAGCAACAUGAGCAAUACGCUGGAGGGAGAAUCACGGUCGCCUGACCGGAAGACCAGCACGGAUCCAACCGGGCGCGUCAAUUCACGGGGCAUGAGCGAUACGCCGGAGGAGAACCGGGGAUCAGCACGGGUCUCUGUGUGUUUUCCGGAGAAGAAGAAGGGAAACAGCAAUCCAGGGAGGCUGCCCGCAGACAGACGCCCGACCACAGCUACGGCUGGAAAUUAAAACAGAGAGGACCAAAGAGGCAUUGGAGUAGACACCGGUCUCCCAAAGAGAGAAACAAUGUACCGUCCUAGAGGGAUUCCCGUGACCAUUGCAAUGUCUUCGGACCUGGUGUUUGUGAUGGAUCAGCAGAGCGACUCAGUGAGACCUGGUCCUCUCUUCUCCUUCAUCAGGGCUCUGAAAGCAGUGAAUGAUCACUUGUUACAGUAUUACAAAAAGAGUAAAGAGCUUUUUAAAGUCCUUCUUAUUGCUGACAACUCAUCAGGCUCAUUAACAUCUACCAUCAGAGAUAACGAACUGGAAGAACUCAUCAUUGCUUUGUUUGUCAGUGAAGAAAAUCUUCUCAGAGAACUAAAGAGAAACCGUACCCAGCUGUACCUGUCUACUGAAAACUCAAAGGUUCAAGAAGCACUGGCGAAUGAUAUAGCUGCUGCUGUUGUUCAGAUCCCAGAGCAGAUGAAGGAAGUGUCAGAGACUGAGCUGCGAGUGGCCUUCGAUGGUGAUGCGGUCAUCUUCUCCAAUGAGUCAGAGUUUGUUUUUGCCGAGCAAGGUCUUCAAGCCUUCCUUGAACACGAGAGGAAACAUGUUGAAGAUCCAAUGAAAAAGGGGCCAUUGACGGGGUUCCUGAAGUCUUUAGAGAGUCUAAAGAAGAAGUUACGUGACAAAGGCCUAAAAAGCAACAUGAUCCGUACCUACCUGGUGACAUCUCGUGGUCCAGGCUGCGCUGGGUACAGAGCCCUGAACACUCUGCAGAGAUGGGACCUGGAGAUGGACGAGGCUGUGUUUCUAGGGGGAACUGGGAAAGGUCCCACACUGCAGAGAAUCGGGCCACAUAUUUUCUUCGAUGAUCAGGAGAGGCAUGUUGAGGAUGCAUUAGCAGUUGGCACACUUGCAUGUCAGGUGCCUGAUAACUGAAACCAACCACAAAGCAAUUCAUGUUUAGAAAAGUUACAACCAGUGAGUAUGUAAAUCACUGAGGAGUGCCAGUUGCCUGAGGGAUUUUUUUGUUUGAUUUUAUAAUUGCUUUAUUUUUCCCCAAAAUGUUUCUUUGAAAUUCAUGUAUACUUACACAUCUCUUUUAAUCAUUUUCAUCAAUGUUUGUAAUCUGUAUAAGUUUGAACUUUU